AUGGGGGAGAAUAUAAAGGUAUUUAAUUUUUAAUUAAUAGUAUAAUUUAGCUCUCCAAGACUUAUCAAAACUAAUUUCUUCAUUAAUCCAGAAUAUUUUUUUGAUAAAAAUAUUAUCUAAAUAACAAAAGUAGAGUAAUAUUUAAAGGUAUCAAAUAAUAAUUAUGAUUUUGUGA